ACCAGCUCGAGAGGGAGGCUGUGGCGUCCUUCGGUCGGUGGCCCUUCCACAUCCCAUCUCUGCCUUUCCAGUAGCUUUGACGAACAACACCAUCAAGCCAGAAAAAGACAUAUACGUUCGCUUGGACCAAGCGCGACCCCAAUCUCCGAUCACAACUUUGACAUAAAACCCGCAUAGCUUCCUGCGCGAACGCUACUGCUGCAGCCCCGUCCCUAAAAGUCCUCCCCUUUCCUGCCUGUCGCCAGCAAGAUGCCUCAAGACCACCCAGAAGACCCGAUGCACACCGACGCAGUCGAGGAGACUCAGUCCACGCAGCAGGCCACGCAGGAGACGCAGCUCAUGUCGCAGAUAGACGGCAGCGUGGACGAACAUCUCUGGGGUAUGCUCAUCCCAUGCAACGCCAACCUCCACCGCAUCGACUUUCAGAAGGUCAAGCGGGUUUACAGUGUUGGGCGUAAUGAUGACUCCUCGCGAGGAGGGAACGACAUUGUAUUCCCUGGCAUGAAAAUCAGUAAUUACCACUGUCGGAUUGAAUGGGACGGCCAGAAGGGUCCCAAGUCAGCGGUGAAGGUGACGGACUUGUCAAGCAAUGGCACAUUUAUCAACCAGCAAAAGAUCGGCAAGAACAUGACGCGGCUGCUCUACGACGGAAAUGAGCUAUCAUUCGGAACAUGGCAGCCACAGUUCGGGGCCACGGCCACACAAGAUUAUCGUUUUGUCUUCCGACACUUGGCAGCGGCUGCGACCCUCCGGGGCAUCUUCAAGUACUACCAGCUGCACGAGACGCUAGGCACGGGCUCCUUUGCUACCGUUACCAAAGCCAUUCACCGCGAGACUGGAGUAUGGUAUGCCGUCAAGACCAUGGAGCGCAAGCGCCUGCGUACGGCAUCGAAUGCACAGGCGCACAAUGACGCUGCGUUCUCGAGAGAGAUCAACAUCCUCGAAGACCUUCAGCAUCCUAGGAUUUGUGGGCUGAAGGAGGUCUUCUACGAGGAGCACACUAUCAAUCUCAUUCUGGAGUUGAUUCAGGGGGGCGACCUCCUAGACUACAUUCUCGACUCAGAAAACCAACGACUGACGGAAUCUUUGUCUCAACAUAUCACCUACCAGAUUUGUGAUGCCCUUCAGUACAUCCAUAGCAAGGGUAUUGCUCAUCGGGAUCUGAAGCCUGAGAAUGUUCUGCUGACGAGGGACAACCCGCCGUUGGUGAAGGUGGCUGACUUCGGUCUCGCGAAGGCCGUGGACAGCAUGACCAUGUUGAGAACCAUGUGUGGCACGCCUUCAUACCUGGCCCCGGAGGUCGUUUUGCAGAAGAACUGCGACGGCUAUGACCACCUGGUCGAUAGCUGGAGUGUCGGCGUCAUCGUCUUUUGCAUGCUCACUGGGAGCAAUCCCUUCCCCGACGAAACUGGCGAACUCGCGGCCAGAGUCUUAAGCCGCGAAGUCGACUGGGAUUGUUUCCAAACCACUUGUCCAAGCCACGCAGCUCGUGACUUCAUCGAACGUCUCCUGGAAUUCUCGCCUCAGACCCGCAUGCCGCCUUCCUCUUCGCUGGAGCACCCCUGGCUCAUCCCAUACCGCUGGCUCGCGGCGAACGUACCCCUCGGAAACGCCAUCCCGCCCGCCGACUCGCAGUACUCCCAGUCUGCCCACUUCGACGCCGCCGAAGACGACAACGCCAACGCGGACGCGGACGCCUCGAUGGACUCGGGCCACGCAGAGACGAACGGCGGGGACUCGCAGAUGCACGAGGAGCCGCCGGUGGGCUCGCAGCUGCCCGGGCUCCCCGGCGCCUACCCGCAGAGCCAGCAGCUGCAGCGCCGCUCGGUCGCCCUCCUCCAGCAGUUGCAGCAGGAGCGCGGCGAGGAGGAGGUCGUCGUCUCGGAGGAUGAGGGCGUCGGCGAGGACGAGCCGGUCGGGCCGCUGGUGCGCGGGACGAAGCGCAAAGCGGCGCUCGUAUUCGAGGGCUCGUUGACGCCGAUGGAGGAAGAGGAGGAGGACCCGAAUGCGAUGCCGGUGUCCCCGCGCGCGGUGCGCACGGCACCUGCCCAUGGGAGGAAGGCCCGUGGCGCUGCUGGGCCGUCGACGCAGCCUCCGCGUGCGAACACUACGCGUGGCGGACGGAAUGCGGCGGGGACUACGCCGAACGGGACGAGGCGGUCGGAGAGGCUUGUGAAUGGCCCGGCUGGGAGACACCGGAAGUAAGUGAGCAGUGCUGCACGGGGCGAGCUCCCCAUGAUCUAGAGGACUGCGCGUAUAUUCUCCCUUUGCUUUUUUCACGCACAUCCAUUUUCAACUAUGUUUUGAUUGUACCAAUAUUCCCGCUGUGUACAUAUACCUUCCAUGACCCAUCGUUGUUCCGGAAUGUAUCGCUGAGUAGCAAUGCCCGCAGGCUGGUUGUGCCGAAUAAAACCAUCUCAAGCCCACCAAUGCUCUGCACGCGCGAGGUC